GUGGACGACAAGUCGUCUGGCUCAUGUUUUAGGGCUCCGUGUCGUCAUGAAGGCUGGUGAAGUCUGCAGAUAAGGUCCUGUCAGCAGUCGGCUGUGCCGCAUACUGCGAGGCUUCAGUGGGCCCUCUGCUUUGAUAACCAGCUCCCUGACCCCUGACAGGCCUCUGUGUUGGAGACACAAAGCAUCACCCUCCGCAUACUGUAAACUGUACAUCUCUAAGUUUGGAUGUGGCGCGGGCGUGUUUGCGUCGCCGCUAGCAACAGAUUCGCAUUACCAACGCAGCGGCUGGGAGAAAGUUAGAGCCUGUUAAAGUUUAAUGUCUGCUGUCGACCCCCCUCAGUCACUGUUACUGUGGCUCAAGGCUUAAAACAGCAGCCGUCUACAAAUGGUCAGUGUGACUGGAACAACUUCAAAGAUGAAGCUAGUUUUGCUCUAACUGCUCCCGGUGCUUUUGACCCUGCAUUUACAUUGAUGCUUCACGCGUUCAGAACCAUCCUUUUCGCCCUCAGGUGGGCCAGCGGUGCAGCCAACCACCUACAGCGGUCUCCCGUGGCAACCGCAGGCAUGACUGAGGAGUGAUAUUGUCUCCACAGUGCAAUGAGCAGAAAGAGUGAGAGGAGAAAGGAGGGAGAGGGGGAUCUUGGUUUCAUGGUUUGCUGUGGGAGCUAGCAUUACAUGAGCGUGGAUCAGAGUGAUGACAUUGUUCCUAAGCACCAGCUGAGUGCACCUAUACACGCAUCCCAGCACAGGCAGGGCCAUUCACCCGGCUGCGCCCCCACAGGUGGGGGGUCUGGACAAAGGGAGUAAAGGCUGAUGUGUAUCUGCUGCUCUGCCGCUGACACCUCCGUGUGCAUGAAUUGUAUCAUGUUUCCUUAACUGAUCCAAAGGAAACUAGGGAUUGAUUCUGGAUCAUCCAGGGUUCUGGGUUUCAGUGUGAGCCAAGUCAUGAGGUGAUGCUGGGUCCUGGCAAAACCAAUACUGAAGGAAGACUUACCGAGGUGGACGAGGAUUAAGCAGCCGGGUGCAGCUCUGGAUUCAUCUGAUUAAUGGUUCAGUUUUAGGUUGGUAGAAGAGAAGAAGAAGUAUCUUUGGUGAGUUUUAGAGUUGUUCACUUUUACUUUGUGCAACUCCUUUUUGGUACAACUCACUUGGACAAAUACUUUUGUAGUAUCACUAUCAAGGAGCACAGCAAAACUAAAAUGGAGAAGAAAUAUCCAGUAAUUGCAGGAAGAGAAAAAGGUAAGUUUGUCAAUGAAUCAGUGUUUAUAAUAUUAAAGAUAAGGUCAUGGAUAUCGUUAGUUGAAUGUGAAUGUGGUUGUUUGGUGUUUUAUCACAAAAGUGGCCCCCAGUGGGACACUGCCUUGGACAGAGUGGAGGAGGAGUGCAGACCUGCCGGGACUUGCUCUGUGUUCUGAGAAAAGCCCUCUGCUGAGCUCAUGCCCCUAAACUCUAGUAUGCAAAUGUGAUACCCCUCCUUAGCUUGUGUCUCGAUGUUAUGCACACCUGCUGGAACCACUGAUCUGACUGACAAUUAUGUGCGAUCUGAGGAAUGUAGUUAUGUUAUGCACAGUGUUUAUCAGUCUGACUUAUACAUGAGGUCUGUGUGCUGGAUUGUAAAUAACUGUUGGACUCUUUAUUCGAUCCUAGGGCCUGGACCCGGUCGCUACAGGCUCCCACCUGCUAUCGGGUUUAUGGGCCAUGACGUCACUAAGCCAACCAGUCCUGCCUAUUCUAUCCAUGGCAGGAUGAGUGACAAUAUGUAUUGUGUUGAUUCCAGUCCAGGGCCUCAGUACCACGUUGAUGCUAAAAUCACCCGCUUUGGAAAGGAUGGCACGCCUGCUUAUUCAAUGCUGGGCAGAAUAAAAGCACAGAAGGAGUUAUUCCAGACACCAGGACCAGGUGCAUACGUCCCUGAGAAAGCUCCACCCUGCAACCUCCAGCACAGACCCCCAUCCUACACAAUGGGCUCUCGUACAUACUACCGCAGCACGGACUCAGUUCCUGCUCCUAACAAAUACAGCCUUCCUCCACUCUUGGGUUCUCAUGUUCCUAACAAACCAGCCAGUGCAAGCUAUACUAUAUCCAGUAGCUACAGCACAGGGGGAUCUUCUGUGGAUUUAGCAAAGACGCCAGGGCCUUGCAGGUACAACAGUACAGACCCAAGUGUAUAUUUACCCCGACAACCAGCGUUCUCAAUGCUGGGGCGUCACAGUUUACUCAGAGGUGCCGCCACAACACCGGGUCCUGGAGCUUAUAACCCAGAGAAAGUGACAGUUCACAAAGGCCGGGCCCCAGCCUUCUCCCUGGGCAUCAGACAUUCUGAAUUUGUCACCCCACUGAUUGUUAAUGUUUCUGAAUAAACAUCCUCUGAGAAAAGCAAACCUAGAAUGGUAAUAAAAUGUCUAGGCUGAAUACGUAUGAAGAAAGAACAUUUUAUUAUAUUCUCACAGCAACAAACAACUAAAAUUUAUAAUAUCUAUAUAAGCAACAUAUGUACAAAACAUAAACAUAACAAUUACAGAACAGUAAGUGCUCAAACAGAAAGCACUUUUGGUCAAAUUAUGGGCUUGAGAAAAAUACAAUCAAGUGAUUGUAUAACCAGGAAACAAAUCAAAACAAAAACAAUUAUAGCUAUUUAUGAACACUUUUACCUUCGUAUUGUUCACAAGAUCACAGUAGAAUUAAGCUACUUGCUUCUCAUUGCCUCUAAAAAUUGAGGGAACACAAAGUUUUCUACACAAUACAUUAGAACAUAUGUAGAGAUGUACUGUAUGCAGGAGAUGCGUAGUCCAAACAAAUAGAAAUUAGCAGACGAUGGCAGCACAGUUUACAGGUCGCUCCCAUCCUUUGGGAGAGGUCUU